AUGGCGGCGGCGGCUGCUGCCUGCGCUCAGAUCCAGCUCGGCUCCGUUAACGCCGCCGGUACCGGCAAGAAACAACACUGUCACCGGGAACACACGCGGAGGAACCGGGAGAACUCACGGCGGAGACAAGCAGCUCUGCUGUUCCUCAGUAACAUCUCUCUGGACGGGCGGCCGGUGCUUAGCAACGCAGCGGAGUACGGAGGAGGAAGCGACCGGACCAACCGCCACAAAGAGGCCGACUCAGAGAGCGCUGAACCCGGGGAGGUGGCGGUGGCAGCGGCGGGGCUGUUCCCGGACACCCACAGCUACGGGACCUUCCCUAGUUUAUCCGCCUCUGUCAGCUGCGGGGAUGUAAACCCAUCACCGAGAGUAGGGACCGGUCUCCUCACUAUACCGCCCAUCCUCGUCCUGCCGUCGGACACUGAGUUUAACGAUGCGGGCAGUGCGGAGGUGUUCCUCGGCUCCCACAGAGGCUCCUUCUCUACCCCGGGGAACAGCAACCUUCUGUCGGCGUCGCCCUCCAACAACAGCCUGCUGCCUUCCCCGCUGGGACCGAGGAAGUCCUCCACGCUGCUGUCGGUGCAAAGCUGUAGCUCGGUGUCCUCCGAGCCUCGACAAAGGACUCGUAAUCUCUCCGGUGGUUCUCCUAAACCUCGACACACCAAGAAGAUCCACUUCAUCAAAAACAUGAAACAGUACGACACCAGAGGCAGCAG